AUGGACCCAACUAGUGCUCCAAAAGGAUGUGGUGGUGAUGUGAGCUCCAUAUAUUAUAAUCUGUGUGACCUGACAGCAGUAUGGGGCAUCGUAGUGGAAGCUGUUGCUGCUGUUGGUGUGCUGACUGCCUUUAUCUUGUUCGUCAUUCUCAUGGCUAGCUUACCGUUUGUGACAGACAAGAAGAGAAAGGGUAUGGUGGGCCUGCAGGCCAGCAUUUUAGUUUUCACACUGGGUCUGUUUGGACUUAGUUUUGCCUUUAUUGUGGAGCAGUAUUCUACUACCUGUGCUGCACGGAGGUACCUGUUUGGAGUACUGUUCUCAGGCUGUCUGGCCUGCCUGGUGAUGCAUGGGCUGUGGCUUGCCCUGCUGCAAAGGGGAGGCCAGGGGCCCAGGAGCUGGAUGUUAUGGCUGGGAGCCCUGGCUCUUUGGCUUGUCGAGGUGAUCAUCAACACCGAGUGGCUUGUCAUUACUGUGGCCAGGAGCCCACUCAGAGGUGUUCCUGACCUGGCCUGCAGCUUUGUCAGCCGGGACUUUGUGAUGGCCCUUAUAUAUGUAAUGGUUCUGAUAGCAGCUGUGGUGCUAACGUCUGUGCCCUCACUAACACACAAGCAAAAGCACUGGCGCCGUGAUGGAGCCUUUAUUCUGGUCACAGGAGUCCUCACUUUGGCACUUUGGAUAGCUUGGAUUGUCAUGUACAUCUAUGGGAACCGAGCACUUGAUAAUUCCAGCUGGGACGAUCCGACUAUGGCUAUAGCCGUGGUGUCAAAUGCCUGGGUGUUCCUCUUGUUCUAUGCAAUUCCAGAAAUCUGUUUAUUGACCCAGGAGGACCCAAACAAGGAACAACCCGAUGGGGAAGAAGUCUAUCCUGCUAGAAGCCUGGUUUACGACAACAUUCUGAAGGAGCCACAGCCCACCCCGCAGCAUGUCUACGUAGAAAAUAAAGCCUUUUCUAUGGAUGAACCAGAAUCCACAAAUCCAGCGUCUCCAUAUGGGGUUUACAAUGGUCAGGCACGAAGUUGUUUAUACCAGCCCACUGAAAUAGCCUUGAUUGCCAAAGGUCUGACAAGGAAGGACCAAGACUCAGGGAUACUUCGAACCACACCUGGCCCUUUGAAUAUGGGGAGCUGCAGCUCCCAGUCGUGCUCAGUGGAUUCCUAAACAUCUUCAGGACUAUCAUAAGUUAGCAGCCCGAGCCGAGCACAUUGCACUGAGCUUUUCCAUCUCACAGCUCCAAGAAUCAGAUAUUUUAUAUCUCUGUUUUCUCUUAAGCAAUAACAGAGUGAAUGUCCAGUAAUAUUCAGUAUAUGACUGCUUAGUUUCCAUUAAUGCUUAUGCAAUGCUUGCUCUAUGUACAUCAAAAUCACACAUUAUAAUAAUGAUGCAAACCACACUGGGCUUACAGAGGAAAGAUUAUAUAGUGAAAUACAACAAAUACAAGAUAUGUGUGUAUAUAUAUAUAAACAAAUUCUAACACGUUCACACAUAUAUGUGUGUGUAUGCGUUAGAAUUUGUUCAUGAU